UCUUACAGUGCUUUGAGAGAGAGAAUGGUUAGAAGACAGGACACUGUCACACAAAAGCUGGCUGCCGUUGAUGGGUCUAUGAAGGUAAGUUUAUACACCACACAUUUUAAUACCAAGCGUGAUGCUCUAUACCUGAUUAGAAAUACUAUACUAGCCGGGCAAUUU